GAACAGGCUGCUUCUUUGCAUAAGUCAUUGGUGCCAAUCGUGUGGAGGCUAAGACCGGUGCUCCUCCCACAAUUCGCUCAGCCGACGACGCGGCUGCAGGCGCGAGACGGACUACGCCAUCGGCGCGCCCGAGGUCUUCAUCCUCCUUACUCGCAGGUCUGGAUCGUGACAGCUUCGAGGCAAUGGUGAAUGAGGACACUGGCGAGCCGUCUCAAGGGAGGCGAGGGACUAUGCCAAAGCCAUCGCCAACCCUGUUUCUCGACCUCUCCGAUGAGAUUCUUUUGAUCAUUGCGCAGUAUCUCCCCAGAGCGAGAGACAUCAACGCGUUGCAGGGAACUUGCGUGAGACUGCAGCAUAUUGCACAGGAUGAUAGUGUAUGGAAGGGUCUUUUGAUCCAGCACGUUUUUGCCGACAAAGAUUCUCAUUCUCGACGGUCCAGUCGCCACCGUCGAAGCGCAGCAUCUAGACGCAACCCAAAUAAGAAAGGCAAACAAUGCGCACGCGGCAACAUUGAGGAAGAAGAGGAGGAGGGGGGAAAGGAGGAGGAAGACAUGAUCGAGUCUAGAAUGCGAAGGUUCCCGAUAAUCAAAGCGCUUCGCAACUUAAUUUCGCCACAAAUUCUGUCCAGAAGCUCAGCUGGAAACAUCAGAACUUAUCCAGCUUUAUUCGACGACAGCUCAAGGCUAGUCGCCGGUCUUCCAGCGAGAUAUUAUCGAUCUACCCUGUUGCAAAACGCAACUGUGAUAUCGCCCGCAUCCGUCGAGAAAGAUGUUCCAUUGAACUCUUCCGACGAAGCCGAGGUGGAAGCCGCUAUGCGCAACAAGAGUCUCGACUGGAAGCAAUUAUACGAGGUCUUGUAUUGCUGGAGUGCAGGGGUGUACAGUGUGCGAAAUCUCACGGAUGAGGAAAAGGCCACAGAAGCUGAUCCUGGAGGCAAAGUACAACCCACCAUUUCCCCCGCAUCAUUGUCUCAAUUAUCCCAGCAAGCUGGUGCUGUCGCUCGCUUUGAGUUUGACGCUGGGAUCAGUGGUACAGCUGCAGUGAUUGGCAAGCGACGUAGGAAAGAUCAAGAAACUGAAAACGGCUCUUCAAAUCACGCCUCCUCGUUGGCUUCACAGUCUGCAAAGCUUCCGUCCACAAGGGAUGACGCAGUGAAUGAAGUAGCUGACCAAGAGUUUGAGGGCGAACCGUAUCGGCUGCGAACUCUGGUUCAAACAUCAUCACACUUGAUCUUCACUGCUGAUCGGUCACUUCACACGGUGGACAUCGCCUCUUCAAGCACUGGGGACAGUCGCAACCGAGGACCUUCGGUCCAAGUCUAUCUUGCCGAUUCACAGACCGGCACAACAUCCCGUGCAGCUGCACCCGACGAUGACCUGGACGGACGGAAGUUUUCUUUGAACCCUUUCGCCACCAUCGACAGCGGAUCGGUGCUGGAAGACUGCUUGCAGCACCUCGCAAAGUCACAUGCGCAGUCGUGCAGGCUUGGAAUCUCACACAUACGAGUGGAUGCAUCAGGAUUGGUUGAAGCUACUGAUGGCGACCAUCAGGCCUUUGAAAACGCAGCACAACGACUGAUGGUGUGCUACACGACUGGCCAUAUCGUCAUAUAUCGGGUGAAUUUUAACACCAACCCGAAAUCACAGUACCCACUUGACGAUCUGACUCGGGUCCGCGUCGAGGCUAUGUGGGCCCCCCCGAUCCUGCAAAUGAAAGGCGACAACGACGAUUCGACCGUCGUGGCGUCCGCCUUCCGCGAUUCGUUGCUCGUGGCAUGCACGCGCGACUUUCGUCUAACAAUUUUCCACCUCGCCACGACCACUGCCGCCACGAAUCCGCACACGUGCAGAGGAACCGCGCAACUGCAGUUGCAACAGACGCUGAAAAGCUUUAUAAGUUGGUGGCCUGCCUCUUUAUCACUUCGCCGAAUUCCAUUCAUCGAGAGCGAGGAUGAUACAACCAGUUCGCCGAGCAAUGAAGCCUACAAACUCUAUGUUGCAUAUUGCACGCCCUCUUAUCCCUCCGCCUUCACUGUUGGUCUUCAAGAGGUCAUCAUGCGUCUGGACUUCACAGGAGACGCUAACAAGCCGCGUUUCAGCAUCGCUGGCAGCCGUCAUGCCACAGCUUUGCCUCGCUACCAGAAGACUCCCCUCGAUACACGUGGUUCUAGCAUUUUCAGGAUGCACCACUCUGCGUUUCCUCCAGCAUCAGAGGCGGCAGCGGAUGGUCGCAACCGUAACACUGGAACCUUGCUAGGCAGUUGGGCGGCGUUAUUGCCUCUGCACACUGGAGGGCUUGCGCGGUCCGGUCCAGGGUACGCGCAAAGGCUGAUUGUGGCGCAACAUCCUUCCCCGACGCUGCAACGUGCUUCGAAACGGAUAUUGAGCAUCACGUUCGAGGAGCCAUUCGUCGUUGUUGGCUCGCAGGACAACCUGCUAGAGGUGUAUGAGCUUGUCGGCGGCAUGCGUGUCCUUUGCCCCAAGUCUGCAGCAGCAGCAAGUCCUGAUAGCUUUAGCACCCGCGGCGGGUUCAAAUUGCUGCAUCGCGGCUCCGUCAACGGUCAUACAGGCAGCGUAGAGAGCGUCUCCCUCGAGGAUGGGCGCUUGGUCAGUGGCAGCAACGACGGUAGCGUGAUGGUGUGGAGUCUGGACAGUGAUGACGCGCCACGGGGCCGAAAGCAAUCUUCUCAGCGUGCUUUGUCGCCUAAUGCUCAAUCCACUUUGAGCAAUCACAAGGCCGGCCGCAGCCACGAUGACGUCAGCGAGGAUGGUCACAGUGCUGCAACGACAUACAUGUCCGCGCGAGCUUCAUGUGCAACGCUUGAGCACGUGCGCCAUGUCAUCACGCUUACCGUUCCAACGCCUCCAGUACCGCGCAGCGUCCGUAGUCGUUCUUUGCAGCACUAUCCGUUCAUCUCUAUGGCGGAGGUUCAAGAGGACGAUGUGGGAUCCUCCUCAUCUUCCGAUCAGGAAGGCGGAUCCAAUCCAGUGGAGAGCAUAGGCGCCGCGACCUUGUUUGAAAGUCGCGAAGCGCUCCAGCAAGGGUCUUUGCCCUCUUUGGCCGCUCUGCAUUUCACCAAGCGGAGCACAGAAUUAGGUGACGAGCAUUACUCCUCAACAGACACAUCGAUUCGGCGAUGCAAGCGCCGUCAGCUCAGCUCUAGCCUCUUGACUCACGACAUUCCACGCAGCAUCAUCCGCUACGUGAGCACAUCCUUCGACAAGAUCGUGUCGGUCUGUUCGGUGGAGCAUCGUUUCAGCGGUAACGGUAGCAGCAACACGACCACGAUCCGUGAUGAGGAGACUGUGCAAGUCUGGAGCUUCGCAAGAGCCAUGUAGCAUAGAAGAAAAACUGGAAUGUGAACGGAUCAUAG